AUGUCCUUUGCGUUCAUUGUCAUGACAAUGCUUCUGGGCUCUUCAGUGGCGAUCGCGUUUGUCUUACAACCAUUCAAGGAAGAAGUUGCAACCACUGCUAAUUCUCCUGUUUCCCUUCACAGGUGCCACGGUGAGUCGCUGCAGUCUAUCAGGAAGGGUCUCCUCAGAGCUCUCAACCUGCAGACUGAGCCAUGGCUGCCUGCUGGUGGGCUGGACAAUGUCACUAAGCAAUGGAAAAGCACCUUCAGCACCAUUUCUCACAGUGCCAAGGACACCGCAAUUCCAGCUGCAGCAGUGUCAGUGUCACCUGAUGAUGGAGACAGCACAAGCCUGAGGUGCUGCUCCAUGGCCUCUGAGAUCUUCAUGAAAGAUCUGGGCUGGGACAACUGGAUGAUCCAUCCUUCCAGCCUUACCAUCGUUCAGUGCGCACUCUGUAACCCUGAAGGCAACACUGUGCAAUGUCCAUCUUCCCACACCAAUGUCCAGGAUGGCAACUCACAGGUCCAGGUGCCAUGUUGUCAGCCCAACUCCCAGGACUCUGUGCCUGUCGUCUACGUGGAUAAAUUCAGCACCCUCGUCAUUUCCUCUGUGCAGCUGACCCGCAGCUGCGGCUGUGGACCUGGAAACACCCAGCAGCCCAGCAGAGAGUAAAUUUGUUUUAUCAGCCUGAGUAUGUGACAUCUGUGAGCCACCUGGCACACAAACAAAAACACAAAAUUCUGAAAAACCAGACAGUAUCAUCAUAUGCAAGCCUGUUUUCUCUCACAAACACUCAUGCUGCUUUUGUAGACUAUUUCUCUUCAGUUUCAGGUGUUAUCAUUGAAACGUGUGUUCAACACUGAGCGUGGGAACCCAAGCAAAGGUUCUCUAAGAACUCAAUUUUGCAUUCCUGUUUCUCUAUUGUAACCAGAAAGAAUGAUGCAAGUGGCAGCACAGAUCUGAGUUUGCCAACCACAAAA